GAGCUUUCACCUGGCACGGACUGCAUGCGGAGCAACCUGCAGCUCCUCGGGGUGCUCCGCUCCGUGCGAGCAGCUCCCGCUGCGCUCCGUGUGUGCAUGUGCUCGUGUGCGUGUGUCAUCCCCGACUGCCCCGCGCCCUCCUAAGGGCUCCGCUACCGGGUGUCCCGGGCAGGGCUAGGGGCUCAGCCCCCCGGCCCGCUCUUCCCGGAUUUGUGCGUGGUGCUGCAGGAGGAGGCGGGGGAGAACGAGCCCCGCUGAAGUAGGGGGGGGCAAGCCGGCGCCCCCCCGGAGCAUCGGGGAGGGUUAACCCGCGAGGUCUGGGAGGAGAAAGCGGAGGCCGGGCUGGGCAGGGGGAGGAUAAGAGGAAAAGGGAACGAGCGUUUCGGCGAGGUCGCACACCGCCAGCCCCGCCGCAGCGGCAGUGCCUUCCCCUCGCAGGCGGCGGACAGCGCUGGGGAGGUGUGGGAGGGUCCAGCCUUCCUUCCCACACACCCCCCCAGUUUUACCUCCUCUUCCCCCGCAGCUGGGUGGACUUGGACGGAGGGGAGAAAGGGCUGCCCGGAGACGCGGAGCCCCGAGGGAGGAGGAGGCAGAGGAGCAUCUCCGAGCCGCCUCUCCCUGCCCGGCAGACGUGGAGAGAGGGAGAAAACUGCCGUCUGCGCUCCCGGCCCCGAGCCUCAAGGGGUGAGGGUUAAAAACUAGAAAAAAGACCUGAGCGGGAACCUCCCAGCCUGAGAGCGGGCGUUCUGGGGAGCGACAUCCCGGGGAGAGUCCCCCUCCUCCGCUUCUCGGAGCCGCUGCCCGCCGCAGCCCCAGGAUGUGGGUGCCGCUGCUGCUGCUGCUGCCCGAGCUGCUCCCCGCCGUGCCGGCCCAGAAGCUCUCCGCACUCACGUUUUUGAGGGUGGAUCAAGACAAAGACAGAGAAUGCAGCCUGGACUGUGCAGGUUCUCCUCAGAAAUCGCUUUGUGCAUCUGAUGGAAGAACUUUCUUGUCCCGGUGUGAAUUUCAACGAGCAAAAUGCAAAGAUCCUCAGCUGGAAAUUGCCUAUAGGGGCAACUGCAAAGAUGUUUCCAGAUGUGUGGCUGAGAGGAAGUACACCCAAGAACAAGCUCGAAAAGAAUUUCAGCAAGUGUUUAUUCCAGAAUGCAAUGAUGAUGGCACAUAUAGUCAGGUUCAGUGCCACAGUUACACUGGAUACUGCUGGUGUGUCACUCCCAAUGGUCGUCCAAUCAGCGGUACUGCUGUGGCCCACAAAACUCCUCGUUGCCCAGGCUCAGUGAGUGAGAAACUGCCACAAAGAGAAGGUGCAGGAAAAACAGAUGAUGCCUCAGCUCCUGCGCUGGAAACUCAGCCUCAAGGUGAUGAAGAAGAUAUAGCUUCUCGUUAUCCUACAUUAUGGACUGAGCAAGUAAAGAGCAGACAAAACAAAACCAAUAAAAGCUCAGCAUCAUCGUGUGAUCAAGAACUGCAGUCAGCCCUGGAGGAGGCUAAGCAACCCCAGAAAGAUAAUGUGUUCAUUCCAGAAUGUGCUCAGGGUGGUCUUUACAAACCAGUGCAGUGCCAUCCUUCCACAGGCUACUGCUGGUGUGUUCUCGUUGAUACAGGACGUCCUAUCCCGGGUACAUCAACAAGGUAUGAACAACCUAAAUGUGAUAACAGUGCCAGAGCUCACCAAACCAAAACAAAGGAUUUGUACAAAGGACGACAGCUUCAAGGUUGUCCUGGGGCCAAGAAGAAUGAGUUCCUGACGAGUGUUUUGGAUGCACUGUCCACAGAUAUGGUGCAUGCAGUCUCUGAUCCAUCACUGUCUUCCAGCCGGGUUUCAGAACCUGAUCCAAAUCACACUCUGGAAGAGAGAGUAGUCCACUGGUACUUCAAACAACUAGAUAAAAAUUCCAGUGGUGACAUUGGAAAGAAAGAAAUCAAGCCAUUUAAAAGGUUCCUAAGAAAGAAGUCAAAGCCCAAAAAAUGUGUGAAGAAAUUUGUGGAAUACUGUGAUGUGAACAAUGAUAAGUCCUUGUCAGUUCAAGAAUUAAUGGGAUGCCUGGGAGUAACAAAAGAAGAAGGUAAAGCAGAAACAAAGAAACGCCAUACCCCUAAAACCAAUACUGAGAGCACUUCAUCUAGCAGGCAGCAAGUUUCCAAGAAGCAAGGGUGAGCAGCUUACUGAUCCAAGGCAGAACUCUUUGACAUGUGGGAGAUUUCCUCACCAAAAGGCAAUAAAAACAACUGUAGUAUUUGCACUUUGUACUUAAAAAUGUAAAUUCACUUUGUAGAAAUGAAAUAUUUAAACAGACUUUUUAUAAUCUGUGAAAAUGUAAUAGCUGGUUUUGAAAAAUUAUCACAUACAAUGUAUGUGCAUUCUUUUGUUGUCUGAAAUAUGUAAAACGUGUUGGAGAUGUAAAAGUUUGCAUUUAAACUUUUUUUUUUUUUUUUUUUUUUUAAUAGCUCUUUGGCAAAUAUUAGCAAAGAAACCUGUUUCUAUGUAUUUUGGUUUCAAUAGUAUGCCUUCUUUUUCUUACCAAUACUGUCAUUUAAGUAGAAUUAUGCUGAAAAGUCUACUGUAUUCUCAGUUAUGUCCAAGAAAUGUUGAAUGUUAAGGUUUCUAAGAUUGAGGGAAGUGUGUAAAUUCCUGUUGACUUGUUCUUGCAGUUUUUAACUGCACAAAUUUUUCACAAGUGGCAGUAUUUUCUUCAUUGUGUUUUUAUUAUUAUGCUUCCCAAAGAUCAUGCAAUGAGAACACAACCACUAAAGGAUUCAAAAGUUAUUCUACAGUUAGGAUUCUGUUAGAAAAGUGUAUCCUUCUAUCUGUUUUUGAGGUGUGGUCAUUUUCCUCAUAGGAGUAAGGUGGAUAGUAAUGUGACUCCAGCAUGGUUUAACCUGAGCCUAAAAGCAUGAUCCUGCAGUCAGCAAAAGCAGGAGAGGAGUCUGUAUGAAUCAGAAUUGUAAAUCUAACUAUGAAGAGACAGGAACAGAUUUGUCAGCCUUUUCUUCUCCUACACCUGGCUGUCCCCAUUUGCCUUGGGGGUCUACCAGAGCUAAAGCUGAACAAAUUAUGAACAGUUCCUUUAAGGAGGGGCAAUUCACCAUUCCUGCCUGAAGUUUCACCUUGCUGUCUGAAAGACGUUCUUAUAAGUUUUCAUACCUCCUCUGUCAUUUACCCCCACACAACACUUAUUGUAUGUGUGUUUGAGUGAAAUAAGAACUUGUGAUGUGAAUUUAGAGCAGGAGACUCAUGUAAAUAAAGAUUCAGCUCUUAAACUGUUGCAAAUUACAAGCAGUUGGGUUGAUUAAUGUGGUGGUAGAUGGACUGUGGCAUCUAGGAACUGUCAUGAAAAAUCAGGAAUGUUGCAACAAGCACUGAUUUUGUUCUGGCUUGUUUAAAUAAUGUGUGAGAUUUGACAUGAGACUAGCUAAUCCUAAUAGAACCCUGGCUUGAGCAUGCACCAGAAAAAGCUUUGUUGCAAAUAAAAAUGUUUCAUUUUAAUUCAACAUAUGGAUAUGUGCUGAAGUGAUAGGAAACACUGUAUACAAUGGAACCAUACCCCAGAAAAUGUGUAGUCUUAAGCUUUGACAACAGGAGGUAUCAAGAUGAGAGACUGUGUUAUCUUGUUUUUUUGUUUUUAAAAGUAUUUGUUCUUUUAUAAUGUUAAACUUUGAAUUUAAUCUUCUUUAUAGAUUAAAGCUCAAUAUGCUAUCAAACUAUUCUAGCAGUUUUUCUUCUGCGACAAGCCAGCUUUGAAAGCAGGCACAUACAAGUACAAUUACUUCACCAUUGCAGUAAGUUUAUGAGAAACCUCGUGGUCUCACAUUGUAUCUGUCUUUCUCUCUUCACUUGACCCUUCAUAUUUAGAUUCAUACCUCAUUUACUUCCAAAAUUCAUACCUUAUUUUCACCACUAUUUUCUCAUAAUAGUGAUUUUUGAAGCCCGAUCCUUUGUUACUGUCAUUUCUAUAUAGCUUUAGCUGGUUCUUUUCGUGAAGAAAACAUAUCACAUCUUUUUCCCUCAGUGUGAUUGUAAGGUGCUGAGCAACCUUCCACCUGACUGGAAAUGAUAAGGAGAAAGAGGCAAAACAUGAGAAAUAUUCAGUAACUCAUGGGACCCAGGACAGUUAAUAGAAGAUUUAUGUAAGAUUUAUGUAUCAAUGUGGCCUUCCUAUAUAAAUGCAUGCAAUCAAAUAUUUGCUAUGUCCAUGAAUGGAAGAUGAAUACCAUGCCCACAGAUUUGAAGCAGCUACCUAUUUAAACUGGGAACUUGUGUAGAGAACCAAAUUUGGACUAACCACCUGGUUACUUAAACAGUAGCCUUAAUAGAUUUUGAAAUCGCAAAUAAAUUCUAUAGGCGUUCUCUCGGGUAUCCAAAAUCUUCCACAGCAUUGAGUGAUCUAAUGACUCCACAAUGACAGAAAUUCAAGGUAUUUCAACUUCAUAGAUUUGUAUUGUCACACAUAUGGGCCAUUUUAAUUUUCAUUACAACAUUUUUCUACAAGGAAUACCCAGUUCUCAUGGAUCUAUGUAGAUCUGUGUUCAGAUCCCUUACUGGAAUACACCUGGUAAAUUCACUUUUGUUUCCUAUAUUUACUUUAAAUAAACAGAAUAGUGAAACUUGAAGAAAUUUUGGCCCUUUUAGUAGUAACCAAGCAUGGCCUUGAUAACAAAGAAUCCUUGUGAAUUUGCCCUCAGGGUUACAGCAGAGUACCAGUAUUUAUUUAGUUCCACAAUAAUGAAUUAGUUCUAGUAUUUACCCUACUUGAUGAGUUGCAACAACUGAGAUGCAGUUUUAAUUCUGCUCUUACUGAAAGCUGCAUGGUAACUGCUGAGUCACAGCCUGAACCACUGAUUGGGCACUCGGUCAACCCUGGGAGCACAGGUGAAAGCAAUUCACCUGUGUGACUGGAUGGGGUGGAGCUUGGCUGCACCUCUUUUAGACCUCAUUGAAGGGCUGGCUGACCCCCUUAAAGAAGCUUUCCCCUGUGAACUUAGAAUCUUCUCAUACAGGUAGGCAAUCUUCUUCCCUUUCUUCAUGCCACCUUUCUAUCAUGUUAGUCCUUCUGCCAUCACAGCUCUGUUGUAAUACUUUUCCCAUCAUAUUGGUCUGUCACACAGUACAUUGCAUGUUCUGGUUCUCACUGACCAUUAUUUGUUCUAGUUCCAGUUGUUAAAUGUUUAUUUAGAGCUUUUAUAUUGUUGUACAUAGAAGGCUAAUGACAUUAUAAAAUAUCUGUAUGUUCAAUGAUUUGUCCAGUCUGUUGUGAUAUCCAUUAGUCAACAGGCCACACAUUGAGAAACAUUCCAUAUUUUGUCAAUACUUGUGAUAACUUUCUCAUCCUGAUCCUAGCCCUGGAAUUAGGUCAAAUUCAUAGUUCCAAUUUUACCAAAGCACAUCGUUCUCAUUCUUCUCCCAGUCUAACAAUGUGCCUAGCUUUUAAACCCUAAUUUUUCAGAACUGCUCCAUAUAUGAUUGCUUGGAAUGACAGUGUUUCUUGAUAAUGUCAUUUGAGGUAAUAAAAGAAGAACACAACAAACAUCAAUUCACAUGAACAUAAAGGAGAAGACAAACUAAGUACUCUCUAUGUAAAACCAGCAUUACACUUUGCACUUUCCUCAUUGGGAACAGGUUUUUGCCCUUAAUAAAUGCAUUAAGCCAAUGAAGAAAGCAAGCAUUCCUAGAAAGUGGAAGGAAGAAUUUAAAUAGAGACCACAUUAAAGACAUUUAAGUGUGUGCAUAGUUUGAUAGAUUUAGUUAAUGUUUUCAUUUUACAGUGGUAAUAAAAGAUGAAUUAAUGGGGUUAAGAAAUCUUCCCUGGCGAAGAUAUUUUAACUGUUCCUUUCAAAUAUUUACACUAGCAUAUAACUACAUUUUACAUUACAAACUGGUGUGAGAGAGAUUUUAAUGUAGAAAGUGAAAGGUUUAUUACUUUUUUUUCUUUAAGAUGGCAAAUUGAUAUCAUUUUGGAGUAAUUACUUUGACAUUAAAUAGCAACCAACUAAAUUUACUAAUGCUUGAAACAUUGGAAUGAUUAUAGUGAAUUACUGAUACA